GCCCGAGCGAUUUCACGUUUCCCGCCAACGGAGAACUCGCGCCUGUCACCUGUUUAUUAAGUGCGUGCAGCCAAUGACACUUAUAUUUAUUGUGUUUUCGUGGAUGUGAAUUAUGUGAGGCUUCUGCUCUGUUGAAUGGAUUUUUGUAUUUUAUAGUAACUUUUGCAAUGGAGAUCGGUUGGAAACCGUUCCUUUCAAAAAUGGGAAGCACGCCGUGGUUGGCAAUACUUGCAGCAGUUUUGGCACUUGCAACACCAGCUUUAUCAAGCUCACCCCGGGUGGUUUGCUACUACACAAAUUGGUCUGUGUACCGGCCAGGCACGGCCAAGUUUAACCCUCAAAAUAUCAAUCCAUACCUCUGCACGCAUCUUGUUUACGCGUUUGGAGGCUUCACUAAGGACAAUACGCUGAAGCCUUUUGACAAAUACCAGGAUAUCGAGAAAGGUGGCUACGCGAAAUUCACCGGAUUGAAGACAUACAACAAAAACCUCAAAACCCUUCUAGCUAUCGGAGGAUGGAACGAAGGAUCCUCCCGAUUCUCUCCAAUGGUUGCUUCCAAGGAGAGAAGAAAGGAGUUUGUUCGGAAUGUUAUUAAGUUCCUCAGACAAAACCACUUUGACGGUCUGGACCUGGACUGGGAGUACCCGGCAUUCCGUGAUGGUGGCAAGCCGAAGGACCGUGAGCAUUACGCUAAGCUGGUGAAGGAGUUACGUGACGAGUUUGAAAGGGAAUCGGAAAAGACUGGCAAACCACGACUACUGCUCACGAUGGCUGUACCUGCCGGCAUUGAAUAUAUACAGAAGGGAUUCGAUAUUAAGACAUUAAACAAAUACUUGGACUGGAUGAAUCUACUAACAUACGACUAUCACUCUGCCUUCGAACCCGCUGUCAAUCACCAUGCACCAUUAUAUCCUCUAGAAGAACCUAAUGAAUACAGCGUUGACAAUGAACUAAAUAUCGAUUACACGAUUAAAUUCUACUUGGAAAACGGUGCGAGUCCGGACAAAUUAGUUCUGGGAAUUCCCACAUAUGGGCGUUCAUAUACACUGUUUAACGCUGAUGCUGUGGAGAUAGGGUCGCCUGCUGAUGGCCCGGGAGAACAGGGAGAUGCUACUAGGGAGAAAGGAUAUUUAGCGUUCUAUGAGAUCUGCGAAGCACUCAAAAGUAGCAAAAAGAAGCGAGCUAUCGACUCUGAAGAGGACUCAGAAGAAGAGUCAGAAGAGGAAGAAGAAGAGCAGGAAUGGACGGUGAUGCAUCCAAAUCCCAAAGCAAUGGGACCAGUGGCGUAUAAAGGCAAUCAAUGGGUUGGAUAUGAUGACAUCGACAUCGUUAAGAAGAAAGGAGAAUAUGUAGCUGAGAAUGCACUUGGAGGUAUUAUGUUCUGGUCAAUCGACAAUGACGACUUCCGUGGCAACUGUUAUGGUAAACCUUACCCACUAAUUGAGGCGGCUAAGGAGGCUUACAUCGCCAAAUUGGGAUCCACGGUAAAUACAGUGAGACAACCAGAGUCUUCCAAACCAAUUGGCUCAAGUAGGAGAAAAUCGAAGCCACGUUCCACAACUACAACUCAGAAACCAACCACAAAGAAACCAAAAAAUGUACAAAGUUCAACUCCAGCUUGGAACAAUACGCCUGAACCCCCGACAACACCUGAUCCAGGAUCUGACUUUAAAUGUACCGACGAAGGAUUCUUCCCACACCCUCGUGACUGCAAGAAGUACUUCUGGUGUUUGGACUCAGGACCAUCAGACCUUGGAAUUGUUGCUCAUCAAUUUACAUGUCCUUCAGGUCUCUAUUUCAACAAAGCAGCGGACUCCUGUGACUUUGCUCGCAAUGUUCUCUGUAAGCCGAAGCCGGCUUCGACAACUAAAGCGCCCACGACUUUGACCACUAAGCCAUCUACGACUACAACAACACUGACAACGACAACAACAACGACUAGACGACCGAUCAGACUUACGUCUAGAAGCUCUUUAUUGUUCAGAUCAUCAACUACAACUACUCCAGAACCCAUUAGCGAAGAAGAUGUCUCUGAGGAAGAAGAUAUAACAGAUGAAGAUGCUGAAGACCCGAAGGUUAUUAAGGAGUUGAUUGACCUUAUUAAGAAAGUUGGAGGAGUAGAACAAUUGGAGAAGCAUCUCCGUCUUUCAGAAACCGGUGUAAGUCCUGAUGGAGUGGUCACAACCACGCCAGCUAACUUCAACAAGAAACUUUACCAGAAGGUGUUAGAACGGGCAAGAGGAAAGAGCAAGUAUGGCAACAACUUGUUGGAAAGCGGAACUCAAAACAGUCGUAGUGGUCCUCAAAAUGCCGGUAUUGAACCUUCUGCCGAACGGGAAAAGUCAUACAAAAAGGAUAGACCACAAUAUGUCACAAUAAACCGGGCAAGACAAGCAUCGUCUACUCCAGAACCUCUGGAAAGCUUGGAGGAAGACGAAUCAGGCUCUGAAGAAGUCCAGGAACCAGUGCGGGCUAAGAUCUUGGAGUCCGUAAGCAGUUUCGGUACCUCUAAGCCGUUGCAAUACGUUAAUAUCAGAAGACCUCGACCAACUACUGUCAGUGAUUCAGCGGAUACAGCGCCAUAUAGCAGAAACGCACUUUUUGAUCGAGAUCCCGUAAUAUCUGUAUCGGAGACAGCUGGCUCUAUUGAUAUUGCGAACGUUAGACGCACUACUACUCCAGAGUAUGUUACUAUUAGGAGGAGUAGACCUACUACCGAGGAGCCUUCUACAGUACAAUAUCAACAGUCUGAACAAGUUGAAUCACAAGAAACUGCACUAGAAAGAGAAAUAUCUUCACCUUCAUUACAACCCCAAUACUCGUCAAUAAUUCGAACUCGAUCUACGACAGUCGCACCAGAAGAAAUUAACAGCCCAGAGCCAACGACUGUACUGUCAGUACAAAUAUCAUCGUUGUUAAACGCACCUAGUCCAAGUGAAGAGACAGAACAAAUUCAAACAACGGUAUCAAAUGAACCUGAAACAACCACGACAAUUUUAACGACAACAACAGUUGCCCCGGCAACAACACGUCGCAACAUUCUACGUAGACGUGGCUCUACUUCACCAACCACAACAACUGCGGCUACAACAACGCAGAGUGUAAAGGAACGCCGACCAUUCCCGCGUCGUACGAGACCCACCACAAUCGGACCACAGACAGAAACUACCACAGAUAUCGAAACAACCACAAGACCCAUGAGGCGCGGCAACAACAAAUUCAAGAACCGAAAAACGGAAAAAGAUACAAAGGAAAAGUCAUCAUCCGAGCAGCCAUUGACGCGAAAUGAGAAGCCUGAACGAACGUUCUUGCGCCGGCGGCUUGGUGGGGCAAACUCCACAACUCCAAGACCAGUUUCGUCAGUAUUACCAUCACGUCGUCCAUUCCGCGUGGCCAGCAGACGGCGGCCUUUCGGGCCAAGUUCAACCACUACCACUACCACCACGCAAGCUACCACUCAAAUGUUAGAAAGUGAGGAGUCAUUACAAGAUCUUGGGGAUACUGAUGCGUUCGAAGAUCCAUCUCUUCAACCACGAAACACCAAUAAUGCCAAUGUACAAAGACGGAGACCGCUCGUUCAACUUAAGAGUGACACAGUAAAUCAAGAUCAAAAUCCAUCAGCUACCAACGAUGACAAGAAAGAAAGGCAAAGCAAGAAGUACAGUGCAACCUUUAAACAAAAUCAAUUAGAUGAGACUCUGAAAGGUCGGUCUAGUGGAGAGGACAUCGAAGCCACUACUGAAGUGAGAUUAGUUACUUCUGAAGAUUAUAGCGCAGAAACCGCCGUAGCUUUAGCAGCACAUCAACUUAUCGCCGCACCCGUUCCAGUAAUUCAAGAUUAUGAUGAAGAACCAAAAACCAGCAAGAGGCCUAAAACAUCGCAAACGAUUGUAGAUUACAAAUACACCAGUCCUUUUUACAACGAAGAAUUUAAAACUCAAAACACAGAGGAUUAUUCACAUACCCACUCUCCUCAAAGCUUUGAAACCUCUACACCUUACUUUAAAACUGACACCGCUUCAACCUACGAUACUAGACUCCCAUAUACAUCUACAGAUGCUUUUACAAGAAGCCCUUAUUCAACUAUAGGUGAAUCAACAGGAAGGUUUGAUAAAACCACACAAUUUGCGACAAACACUAUACGACCAGGCGUUAGAUUCACCAUUCCCGAUGGUUUUGAAUCAACACCUUAUACUAGAACAGAAGGAACGACUGUCAACUUAUUCGAUUCAACUGGAAGAUAUGACAGAACUCGAUUUAACCCAAUUGCUGAUUCUACUCCAUUUUCGCGAAAUACGAUUCGUCCAUCCGGUGUAUCACUUAAUAUUGGUACAGAAAACUCUGGAGAAUCCACAUCGCGAUUUACCUACGACUUCUCAUCGACAGUGGAUUAUGAAGCAAAAUCUAGACCAAUAUCGACAGUUAAUCCAGUAGAAACAACUAGAUUUAAUACUGCGGCAGAUUAUGAGCCAAGGGUAACAAGACCACGAUUGCCAACUAACCCGACAGCUUCUAGCAUUUCUGAGUAUCCGUCGACGAGGAAAUUUUCGCGACCAGCUGGUUUUUCACCAAGUUUACUGAAUGUUGGUCUCGAAGCUUCGACCUUAAGGUUAGGACCGUCUACAGCUAGAUACUUGGGGUCUAGCGGUAAGAUUCCGGUCUCAGGUUCAGAAGGUGCUAGUCAGGAGCCCUCGUACUUUACGAGAGAAUACCUUUUGGAGUCGCCAGUGACUAAGGCCUAUGAUGAUGAGUAUCAAUACCUAUCUCCCAUAACCACACCACAAACAACAACACCUAAAAAAUCGCCACCACGAAGAAAAACAAUCUAUAGAAGAAUAUCAACUACACUAAAAACUCCAGUCGCGGAAACGCCUAAACCAAGAUCGACUAGAAAGCCGUUCGAAAAAAUUCCCGAGAAGGAAAUUGAGUCCGAAAAAGAGAUAGUGAAACCAUCAGGGCCGAAGAAAUUAGAAUUUGAUUACUACGAUGAUGAUCAGGAGAAGAUAGGAGUUAAAUAUGAAAAGGAAACCAAAGUUAUUUUAGAUGGAAAAGGUAACAUAGAAUGUCUGGAUAUCGGAAACUUCCCACAUCCCUCAUCUUGUAAGAAGUUUAUAUCGUGUGCACGAAUACGUGGUGGGUCAGUGCUGGGAUGGGAAUACAUUUGCCCCAAAGGGCUUUCCUUUGAUCCUGUUGGAGGCAUUUGUAACUGGUCUGCAGGUUUGGGAUGUCAGGAGAAAGAUCUUUAAUCAAAUUGAUAGGUUUCUUUAAAAAUCUUGUAAAAGUUAAUUGCCGUAGACAUAAAGAAUAGCAAAAUCUAUCAGUAAUUUUGUAUUAACAACAAGAUUAUGCAUUAUAUCAUUACCUGAGAGAAUAAUACAAUAAUAUUCUUUAUGCCUAAGGUUCUAAUGAAAAUGGGCCUGAUUUCACGAUCCAAUAGAAAGUUGUUUAACGUCAAAAUUCGCGGAUAUAAGAUUUUUUUUUCUAUACUCUUUGGGUUUUUGUUAGAAAUCAGGCAGGUCACGUGAUAUGUAAAUAUUAUUUUCCACCCAAGUGAAAUUGGUCUCAAGUAUACUCGUUGUUAUUAAAAUGUACAUUUAUAAUGUAUAACUAGUUUGAUAUAUGUGACGUCAUUGACUGAUAAAGUUAUCUGUGACAAUAUUUACAACGAUUUUCAUGUACGUCAUCCUAUUUACAAAAUAUUUAGUAAAGUUUAAUACUCAAAUGUUUCCUAAUUAUAUACUGUUUUUCAUACUAUCACUGCCAUUUUGUAUUUUUAUAUAAGCACUAUAUAUGCGUAGCGUAUCAAAAUUAAAGAAAUAUUGAAAACA